AUGGAUAUCAGCACUGGUGGUGUAAUGAACGUGCACAUCUUUGUGUAUGCCGACGACGUUCUCAUCGUGGUAACCGGGCCCACCACAAUCCGCACCAGGAACAUAGCGCAAGCUGCCGUCACAGCCGUCGUGAAAUGGGCCGAAACAGCUGGUUUCCAGCUCUCGGCCAGGAAAAGUGUUAGAUGCCACGUCUGCCCGUCCCGACACAGGGUAAGCGGGGCCGCCAUCAAGAUCGCCGAUCAAGCUAUCCCCGUUAGGAACUCCGUUCGGAUUCUGGGUGUUCUAGUGGACCGCACGUUGUCUUUCGUGCCCCACUUCAACCAGGUGAAGAAGGAUUGUAGAAGCAGGGUCAAUCUGGUCAGGACCAUUUCCAGGCCACACCGAUCCAACAACCGGGCAGUUCGCUUCCGUGUCUCGCAAGCCAUCAUCGACAGCCGGCUGCUGUACGGAACCGAACUUACGUGCAUCGCAUCGGAGAAGCAGGAGGAAAUUCUUGGCCCGACUUUCAACAGUUGUAUCCGGAUCAUUUCCGGUCUCCUACCUUCCACCCCCGCAGAUUCUGCGUGUGUUGAAGCAGGGGUCCUACCCUUUCGGUACCGCAUCAUAAACGCCACGCUGUACAAAGCUGCAUCCUUCGCCGCCAAAACAGCAGGGAAUGGCAGAGUCUUCCUCCUCGACGAGGGGGAUAGAAUCAUGCAAUCGAUCGCCAGCAUCGACCUCCCCCCGGUGGCUAGGAUCCACUGGCACGGAGAGAAGAGUUGGCUCUCUUCCAAACUCAUAAUCGAAAACGCGAUCAAGAAUCGAUUCAAAGCAGGAGACAACUCUGUAGCCCUACGUUGCACAGUAGCUGAGCUUCUCAGGUCCAAGUUUACCGAUUUCACCCACCGGUACACCGAUGGUUCCCGAUCCAACACGGGCGUUGGCAUCGGAGUAUCCGGAAGUGGCAUACUCGUCAGCAACAGCCUACCACCGCAGUGCUCCGUUUACUCGGCAGAAGCGGCCGCGAUCUUCCACGCGGCCACGUCACCAGCUAAUCAACCAAUUCUCAUUUUGACAGAUUCGUACAGCGCUAUCCAGGAGCUCUGCUCGGCAACUCCCACCCACCCGUGGAUUCAGGCUACUGUCAAGUACGCACCCAGUAAUACCGUUUUUGCGUGGAUACCCGGCCACUGCGGAAUUCCCGGAAACGAGGCAGCCGACCAACUCGCUGGAACUGGACCGUCGGGUCCCAGAUUCACCGACAAAGUUCCCCUCCAGGACGUCAAACGGUGGAUUAAGGCCACCGUUCGGAAGGCAUGGACCGACCAAUGGGCCAGCACUCGAGGGCCUUUCAUCCGGAAAAUCAAGGGAACCACGGAGGCAUGGACGGACCUCCGAAACCUACCGGACCAGAGGAUACUCUCGAGGCUGAGGACUGGACACUGCCGUCUAUAUCUCAACUUCGGCGGAGGACCCUUCCGCAGGAGCUGCACUAUCUGCCACGUUCCGGCAACCGUCGAACACCUACUGUGUGUCUGCCCGGAAUUCCAGGACCUCCGGGAGACUUACGGGAUUACCUCCAGCAUCCGGAACCUGCUCGGAGAGGACUCGCCUGCUGCCGACGCCCUCCUUGUAUUCCUGAGGGAGGCGAAUUUGUAUCAUCAAAUUUAG